GCAAACAUACUUAGGGCCAGCACUGAAAAUCCAGAGACGGUGAGAGAGGACAGAGAGGGAGGGAAUGAGAGACAGACACCAAGAUUGAUCAAAGAGCAAAAGAUUUGAAAAGCAUCCAGCUCCAAGAUGUCAGCUCUAUGGCACUCCACGUUCUUCCUGGGGAUUGUGCUGCUUGCCAUCAGUAGGCCCAGCCUGGCAUCUCAGGCAGGUAAUGAUGACCAUCAGAUGGGCACAGAAAAUGGAACAACGAACCUUAUCACCACCCUGCCCAUCGUCUCCUGGAACUGGCAUGAAAUUCAAUUCCCAUACCUGAUAGUAGUCUGGAUCCUGGUCAGCUGGCUCUGCAAACUCGUGUUCCAGCUGAUCCCCAGCCUGACCAGUGUGAUCCCGGAGAGCGGCCUCCUCAUUUGCAUCGGUUGGGGCCUGGGCGGCAUCAUCUAUGGGGCAGACAAGGUGCAGACCUUCAGGCUGCAGCCCUUCAUCUUCUUCUUCUACCUGCUGCCCCAGAUCGUCCUGGACUCGGGCUACUCCAUGCCCAACAAGCUGUUUUUCAGCAACUUGGGCUCCAUCCUGGUUUACGCCGUUAUUGGCACCUGCUGGAACGCUGCCACUUUGGGACUUGCCCUUUGGGGUUGCUGGUUGGGCGGGGCCAUGGGUGAUAUCGACACUGGUCUUCUGCAGUUGCUGUUGUUUGGGAGUCUGAUUGCUGCUGUGGACCCCGUGGCUGUGAUUGCCGUGUUUGAGGAGGUCCAUGUCAACGAGGUCCUGUACAUCCUGGUGUUUGGGGAGUCCCUUCUCAACGACGGCGUCACAGUGGUGCUGUUCAAUGUGUUUAAUGCAUUUGUGUCGCUUGGAGGGGCAAAAAUCGACGCUGUAGAGAUCAUCAAAGGCAUAAUCUCGUUCUUCGUGGUGGCGGUUGGAGGCGCCCUGGUUGGUGUCGUCUUUGCUCUGCUGAUCUCGCUCCUAACCAGAUGCACCAAGAACAUCCAGAUCAUCGAGCCAGGCUUCAUCUUCAUCCUGGGCUACCUCUCUUACCUCACAGCCGAGAUGCUCUCGCUAUCUCCUAUCCUGUCGUGUACGUUCUAUGGCAUCUGCUGUCAGAAGUAUAUCAAUGCCAACAUGGACGAGAGGUCAGUCAGCACGGUACGAUACGCAAUGAAGGUGUUCGCAAAUGGCUCAGAGACCAUCAUCUUCGUCUUCCUCGGCAUCACGGCCAUAGAUCCGUCUAUAUGGGUGUGGAACACAGCCUUUAUCUUCCUCACACUCCUCUUCAUCUUUGUGUUCAGGUUCAUAGGGGUCUUUUUUCUCACCUGGAUUCUCAACCAAUACCGACUGGUUCCCUUGGAGUUUAUUGAUCAGGUAGUGAUGGGCUAUGGUGGCCUACGAGGGGCAGUAGCCUAUGGCCUUGUGGUCUCACUGGAUGAGAAAAAGUACAAGGAGAAGAACAUGAUGAUCAGCACCACCCUCCUAGUGGUGUACUUCACUGUCAUGCUGCAGGGAAUAACUAUGAAACCACUGGUCAACUGGCUAAAAGUGAAGAGAGCAGCAGUGACAGAAUGCACACUAGCUGAAAAAAUACAGAAUAGGACCUUUGACCACAUUCUUGUCGCCAUAGAGGAUAUUUCUGGACAAAUAGGACAUAACUACAUGAGGGACAAGUGGAAUAACUUUGAGGAGAGGUGGUUGUACUGGCUCUUGAUGACGCCCUCUGCCAAGAAGUCUUGUGACCACAUAUUCAACAUCUUCCACAGACUCAACCUCAAGGAUGCCAUGAGCUAUGUGAAAGAGGGUGAACGCAGAGGCUCAUUGGCGUUCAUUCGGAAAGAAACCAAGGUUGAUGUGGAUUUCUAUAAGAAGUUUGGUGCCAACUUCUCAGAGAUGAUGCCUUACAUCAUGACAGAAAAUAUGGGAUCGGAUCAUGUUCCAGUCUCUUCCAUCUUAUGGGACAGUAUGCCCUCUGUCUGCCUGGACAUGCAUGAGCAGGACCUGAAGAUGAGGGAGUCAGAGGACUUUAAUGCACACCAUCUACUGCAGCAGCACUUGUACAGAGGCAAGAAACAGCACAGACACAGGUGCAGUCGGAAGCACCUCGAAAUCAACAAGGACAAGAAUGAGGUGCAAGAGAUCUUCCAGAGAACCAUGAUGAGCCGUCUAGUGUCCUUCAAGUCAGCCAAAAUAGGUGUCACUCCACCCAAGAAGAUAACCAAUCAUCUGAAGAAAGACCAGCCACAAAAGAUGCCACAUGGAAAAUCCACGGAUAACAGUAAAAGCCAUGCUUAUGAGGAUGAAGAUUUUGAGUUUUCUGAGGGAGACAGUACCUCUAGUUGCGAGGCUGCUGACGGUUCAUUCCCCAUGAGAGCCUGUAGAGGUGCUGGAAUCCUGAACCCAGCCUUCAAUGCAGAGAUGGACCCCAUGCCACCAAUGCAGCAGAUUCCGCCAUUGACUGAAACAGAAGUGGACAGCAGGGCCGUGGUCCCUUCUCAGAGGACUCAGCUGAGACUGCCCUGGACACCUAGAGUUAGAAGUUCAUCUAGGGGUCAUGAUUGAGGCUGUACCAAAUGAUUGAUGUAUUAGAAUAAUUGAUUAUGCUUAUCUUGUAUUAAUAGAAGGGGAGGGUUUAUAAGACCCCUCCCUCUUUACAUUUAUAGGGUCCUAGAGUAGAUUAACAAUAUACAUACAUGGGGUUUUAAUAUUGUUCCACAGUUGUUUGCUAGUUCUCUCUCUCUGCCUCUUAUAAAGAGACCCCUCUUUAUAAUGCAGAGGUGUGACUGAGACAGAACUCUGCAGGGGAGUGUAGGAGAUAAGACUAGUCAGACAUUCCACUAUAAAAUCAACUAACAUUUACUGCUAAGCUUUUAGAUAACACACUAAAAGCCUUGUUUUUAUAGCCAUGUGGGCAUGGUUUUGGUCUCAUGAGUAAAAGAUAAUGACGUAGGCAGUGACAUCACGAGGGCUGGACUUCGGGUUUGAUAAAAUAACUUGGGACCUUUUCUUUGAUGCAGAACUUACUCAGAAACAUGCGUGCUAUGUUCCUGAUUGUCAACUUCUGUCUGCAAUUGCAUUAAAGGUUUUUGAAUUAUUUAAUUAAAGAUAGUCAUACUGCUAAUUUCACCAAUGAGCCAAUGAUUGACAAGGAACAGGAACGAACCCUAACACUAGCAACCUCCAACGCCCUGGCAUCGCUGCACCUAAUCACACACUCCUUCCUGCUAUAUACACCAUUUCUUACUGUGUUUAGUUGUAGGUUAGGUUUUUCAAAGGAAUAGGGACAGUACUGUAUGCAACUUCAUCGUAACACAGGGAGAUAAUCAUGAGACCAACACCAAAUAAGAAUGAUUGGACAUGUGACCUCACAGUCCAAAUCCAUGGUCAAUACUGACUCGGUUUACCUGACAAAACAAAUCCCCUAAACAACCCAGGCUUUGACUCCCAUGGCUUAGAUCCCAUGUUGCCUGACAGUAAAAGUUCAACCACACUCACCAUGACACCAAACAAGCACAUUUAUGCAUGUAUUCACUGUCCUUUUUGUGACAACCUCACCCUCAAAGAACCUACAUUUAUAUUUUAGAUAUUGCAAUUUUAUCAAUAGAAAGUCUUAAUUGCUUUGUUUUUUUCUAUUUUUGAGAGAAUUGUAUCAGCCUGUUUAACUUUGCAUGAACUGACGAGUGUGAAGUAACACAAGCGUUGACAAUGUACCUUUCUCAUGGGAAACGACCCAGGACUUUUAUUCAGGGGAAGAAACAGAAUGCGCAAAAGCGCUGAGUAACAAUUAAACCAAAACAAAAUCUAGCUCAUCUUUGAGCUUUUCUACACGGGUCUUCCGGUCCCUCUCUGCAACCGGACAGCUAAGCUCUUUACCUGCAUAUCCAACAAAAGUAACGUCCGGUAGGUUCCUGUCCAGUUGGGUUCGAUGUUCAUCCCAGGAUUGGAGGACCCUGCAUGUCAGCUCUUGCUGCUCUAGACCAACAACAAAAAAUCUGGCCAAAGCCAGGUUAAAACAGCCACCACCCACAAUAAUUAGAUUCAGGUGUGUGUAAUUAGGCUCUUACCCUUCCGGGCCAUCCUCUUUCCUGGCCAACAAAUGUAGACAACAAACAGGAAUAUACAGGCCUUCACACACCAUUACAUAAUCGAAGCAGAAUAUUUAUCAGGAGAGACAUAUUCACAGAUGGUGAAGGCUGCAAAACUCAUUCACUUAUGAUGGUGAAUCUUUCUAUAGCUAUAGAGUGAAAAGUAUAAUUUUUCUAUACUUUGUCUAGUACUGUCUUUUUGCUAGCUUGGGCCAUCUACUUUAAGUGCUGCCUGCCUCCCAGUAGCCUACUACUUGGUGUGAACUGCUGGCAAGGCAAUUUGUGAGGCAUUUCAAUUGUUGAUCACUCACUUUGAGACCUUAACAUUGUUUCCCGUGGCUUUUGUGGAGCGAUGGGUAAUGAUGCUUUGUGGGUGAAUGCUGUCUGUUUGCAGAUGGUCUCUGGUUCAAGCCCCGGUUGGGGCAAGGAUAUACAGUGGGGCAAAAAAGUAUUUAGUCAGCCACCAAUUGUGCAAGUUCUCCCAUUUAAAAAGAUGAGAGGCCUGUACCUACUCUUCUGUCUACACCCAUUCAGCAUCAUUCACACCCUUUUAAGCUUUAGCCUCAUCCAUCUCUAAGGAUUCACAUUUGAGGCUAUGUCCUAAACAACCAAAGCUUUCAAUACUAAAGGCUGGUUUAUACUACGGGUGUGCUCUGGCUGUUCGUAAACAUUUCGCUCUCAGAAGGCAUUUCGCUCUCAGAAGGCACACUGGACACUCUGGCCGAAAAGGAGGGUUAAUCCGAGUGUUCUGACUUAACAACAGCAGUCAAGCACCCUAGCUGGCUAACGUUGGCUAGCUACUUCCAGACACAAAUGAGAGAACACCUCACUCUGACCAUUUUACUCACACUAGCAGAGCUGGUUAGGCUGUUUUUAUGUUAGCCAGAGCGUUGGUGACUGCAACUGUGCUGCUGGCAACAAUUUAAUCACGCUUUUUUUUUGCCAACGUUCACUGACACCGGCCAUAUUCAACGGCUGUUGAGCGUUCGUAAACACUUCAACGAGAGUGCUCUGAAAUCGGAGUAGAUAGCCAGAGCAAAUUUACCAGCUACAUCUAUCGACAGUUGUCGCAGUGACAUCAUAAACAUUCUAUUGAAAUAGUUACUUACAUAGUGGCAUCUUUUGUUUAGACAUGUAGCUAGCUAGAUAAACAAAUAACCAUAAUCCCAACUCAUAACGUUACCAUCCUACAUGAAUUUGCAGGUAGCUAACCAAUCAGGUUCAAUGUUAGCUAGCUAACAUUAGGCUAUAACUAGCAAUGCAAAUGGCUCUGAGAUACAAAUAAUAUAACUACACAGAUCAUACACAUAACAUUAUCUAGCCAGCCAGCUUGAAAUGAAAACGACUUUGACAAAAUUAGAAAUGUGUAAUAUCUGAAAAUGUAGCUAGCUAGACUCUCUUACCAGUAUACAUAGAUGGACGUUUCUCCUGCUCUGUCAUGGAUGCCAUGGUUUGAAGAUGUAAUUUGGAGACUUCUGUGUGUUCUUUUCGACUCAGUCUGCAUAUUUGCAAUCAAAACGGCAGAUUUUUCUCCAUCUCCUUAGUAUCGUACUCUAAUUCCACUGAUUUCAAAACGCGGUCCUCCAGAAAGUGGAGAGCAACACUUAUUCAGUUCUACUACAUGAUAUCUUUCAAAAAAGCUGCUUUAAAAGGGAUUACCUACACAUACUGACCAUUUCAUGGUUAUAGACAGAAGCGUGCUACAUGGCAGACCAAUCCGAGAUCAUCUCUUGUUAUGUCCAGCCCACUCAUUAUCUUAGCCAAUCAUGGCUAGCGGGAAGGUUGCUGUCUUUUGGUUUCCAUAGCUAAACCAACUAUGUUCAUAAUUUAACCAUCGUAUUCGUAUUUACAGAUGGCAUACAAGUUAGUUUAAGGCACAUGUACCAGAAGGCAUUUC